AUCUACGCGCCGGCGCUCUCCGCACCGCACCCACCCAUCGAAAUUCCACUUCGCCUAAUUCCAAAUCGCCAAGGCCGAGCAGCAGCAAGCAAAGCCGCGCCGGUGAGGCUGGCUGUUGGAGAGGCAUGCCGCCUAAAUCCGAUAGCGUUGAAGGAAUCGUCCUGGGUUUCGUAAAUGAGCAAAACAGGCCAUUGAAUUCACAGAAUGCAGCUGAUGCACUGCAGAAGUUUAAUCUUAAGAAGACUGCGGUGCAAAAGGCACUGGAUGCAUUGGCUGACAGUGGACAGAUUUCCUUCAAGGAGUAUGGCAAGCAGAAAAUUUACAUUGCUCGGCAAGAUCAAUUUGACAUUCCAAAUGGUGAGGAACUUGAGGAGAUGAAGAAAACAAAUGCCAAGUUACAGGAAGAACUUGCGGAUCAAAAGAAAGCAAUUAGUGAGGUUGAAUCUGAGGUACGAGGUCUGCAGUCAAACUUGACACUCACAGAGAUCACGUCAAAGAAGAGUGAAUUGCAAAGCGAAGUCCAAGAAAUGGAAGAGAAACUAAAUAAGUUGCGGAGUGGUGUUACCUUGGUGAAACCUGAGGACAAGAAGAUCAUUGAGAAUUCCUUUGCUGAAAAAGUGAGCCAAUGGAAAAGGCGGAAGAGGAUGUUCAAGGAGCUCUGGGAUAAUAUUACUGAGCACAGCCCAAAAGAUCAGAAGGAAUUUAAGGAAGAACUUGGUAUCGAGUACGACGAAGAUGUUGAUGUGAACGUGCAGUCUUACUCUGACAUGCUAGCAAGUCUCAACAAAAGGCGAAAAAUUUCCCGCUGAUGAUGUAGCAUAAGAGCGUCUUAAGUUGAAAGUAGGCUACAACCGUUACAUGCCAGCAGCUAUGCAUUCAUGGUUCUACCGGUUCUUAAGGUUCUGUAGAGAUUAGUUUACCCUGACAGCAUUGAGGCCCCGUUUGUUUCAACUUUUUUUCAGCUUCUGACCACCAGAAGCUGCUGCAGACUACCAAAUGCUCAUAUUUUCAGCCUGCUUUUGUUAGAAUCGCUUUGAUAAAAACCGUUCAAAAUCAACGUAAACAU